AUGGUACGUGAUUUCAACUUUCAUACAGACUCCGAUCAGUUUGAAAAUUUUCCAACAAUGUCACAAGAGGAUUUUGAAACCCUUGUAUCGCUACUUUCGCCAAAUAGACUAGGUACUCAUUUCAGGGAACCAAUUCCAGUUAAGGUACGGUCUCCAAGGCGACCGGUCGCGGCGACUUGUCGUCAAUAUCUGUUUUUACAGAAAUCGUAUUAUCUGGUCAGCAAGACGCGACAGGUCGCCGCGGCCGACGACAAUACUACUCGUGAAGCAGUAGACAGCGAUACAUCAAGACGACACCAUGUCGAAAUUAGUCUUUUUGCCGUCUGA